AAUACAUGUACAAAUCAAAUACAUCAUAGUUUGAACAAGAUAAGUAGAAAAGGAUAAGAAUGGAAUACAGAAUUUCUCUCCUUAUUUUUUUCGAGUGUCAUGAAUUUGGACUGCUUAACUUGCCUAAGCCUUUGUAUUCGUUUCCUGAGCACCAGUAUUAUUUGAUACUUUUUUCAAGGGCGAUUCUAAUUUACUAGCGGAAUUUGUUAUUUUUAUGCCCCCGAAGGGAGGCAUAUUAGUUUUCAACUGUCCGUCCGUUCGUUAGUUCAUUCGUCACAACGUUAACUUUUUGUAUGAGGCACUUUACUCGCGAACCACUGCACCCAGGACCUUCAAACUUAUCAUGCUGGUAGUAUUUAUUGAGUACAGGACUCCUACUGACUUCGGGGUCACCAGGUCAAAGGUCAAGGUCAAGGCGCUGCAGGGCAUUUGUCACCAUUAGUGACAGCUCUUGUUUGAAGUAGUGUUAGGGUAGAGCGUCUGAUUCCGGUUCAAGGGGUCACAGAAUUAAAUGGAGGUUGGUUUCAGUUUUCACUAUCUCUAGUUUAAGACAAAGGUCUAGUUAGAAAUCCAGAAAGGACUUUAUUCUCUAUAACAAUGUAAAGUAAAUACACAUGUAUUUGAACUAUUAUAUUUCCAGAAAGUUGCCUUUAAACAUUUCCCAGACUCACAUCAGUUUGCUAUAGCCAGUGUGGCAAGUGUAGACAGCAGGAAGUCCUUGUUGAAGUAUUUUAAUCCUCUCAGUACAAGUGACAUACACAGGAUAUUGGGUCAUCUCAACAUGUUGCCUAUGUUAGAGGAAGGUCAGGAUUCAACACAAGACAGAGAGUUCCUUCUAGAACUCAUGGUAAUCCACCAUGAGAGAAAGAAGUCCCAGCUGGAACAGAUUAAUGAGAUGCCAAUGUACCCUACAGAAGAUAUCAUCUGGGAUGAGAAUAUAGUGCCAACAGAGUAUUAUAAUAGUGAAGGAACACUUGCCUUACCGAAAAUCAACCUGCAGUUCUUGACACUACACGAUUACCUGCUGAGAAACUUCAGUUUAUUCAGACUAGAAUCUACAUUGAAAUGUAUGCAGUGCAACUGUACUGGUAAUGAGAUGCAGGUCUUUGUCCUACAUGAUGAGGGAAACAUAGUGUAUGGCAGUUUUGGAAAACAUUGUGAAAUAGCAGUGAGGCGAAAUGGCUACAAGCCAUGGACUUCAGAAGAGAAAGCCUGUAUUCUACAUGCUGUAUUGAGGGAACAAUAUUGGAUUUUCAGAUUUUAUGCAAAUGAUAGAAAACAUUUAACAAGUUUAUACUGGGUACUGAACAAUAUGGUGUACAGAAGUUUGGAUUCUUUUGGCUGGAUAGUUUGUACAGUAUGGUGAAACUAGAGGAUGAAAGCUCACAUACAAGUA